CGGCGAGGGCACGGGAGGACCGCCGGGCGACACAGUGUGACCGGGAUGUACAGUAAACACAGGCAGAAACAUGUCCAACUGUCCCCGGCGACGUGUGGAUGGCUGCUGGCUCUGCUCUGGGUCGUGCUGCUGGACCGAGCCUGCGGACAACCAGGGCUGCCCAGGGGACGGACAGUGACGGUGCAGUGGCUCUUUCAAGGUCGAACUAAGAGGGAAGUACCAAGCAAAAUGCAGGAUGAGUACCCAGCCAGAGGGGAAAUACAAGUCUCAUCUCAUGACCUCCAACUGGUGCUACAAGUACAACGCAAUCAUGAGCUCCUGGCUCCAGACUUUACAGAGACCUACUACAGAGAUGGAAAACCAGUGACUGUGGCCAAUUACAAUUACACCAAUCACUGUUUCUACCAUGGCCAUGUAAGAGGACAUCCAGACUCCUGGGUGGCUGUCAGCACAUGUUCAGGAGUCAGGGGUCUGAUAUCACUGAAUUCUAGUGACACCUUCUACCUGGAGCCAAUUAACGGUGUGAGUUCUUCUCACCACUCACUGCUGAGUGCCGAGGAGCUGCCAAUUAAAGGUGGAAACUGUGGCCACGACCAUCACGCCACACAAGUCAACCACUUCUCAAACCUGCUCAGACCAUUUCACUCAAGGGUGAAGAGAAAUACGUGGGGCACGACUAAAUACAUGGAGCUCUACAUUGUGGCCGACAACACGCUGUUUAAACGACAGAAUAAAGACUAUGAGAAGACCAAGACAAGGAUAAUGGAAAUUGCCAAUUAUGUGGACAAGUUCUACAGGGCUUUGAACAUCCGCGUGCCUCUGAUUGGUCUGGAGGUUUGGACCGAUAGAGACCAGUGUAUCAUCACCGAGGAGCCAAACGCCACUCUGUGGUCUUUCCUCCAGUGGAGACAGAAGCUGAAGUCACGGAAAAAACACGACAAUGCUCAGCUGCUCACUGGUGUAAUAUUCAAGGGAACAACCAUCGGGAUGGCACCGCUGGAGGGGAUGUGCAGUCUGGAAAACUCUGGAGGCAUCAACGUGGACCACUCAGACCUGCCCAUUGGUGCUGCUGCCACCAUGGCUCAUGAGAUUGGCCAUAAUUUUGGCAUGAGCCAUGAUCACGAUGGCUGCUGUGUGGAAGCCUCUGCUGAACAGGGAGGCUGUGUCAUGGCUGCCGCCACUGGGCAUCCUUUUCCUCGAGUCUUCAGUCGCUGCAGCAAACGGGACCUGGACAACUACUUCCAGAAGGGUGGGGGCAUGUGUCUUUACAACAUGCCCAACAUGAAGGACCUGGUCGGGGGCAAGAAGUGUGGCAAUGGCUUUGUGGAGGAUGGAGAAGAGUGUGACUGUGGAGAACCUGAUCUGAAGCAGGCAGGCACCAUGUGCCGGGGGCCAGCGGGGGCAUGUGACCUGCCAGAAUACUGCACRGGGGCCUCCCCUUACUGCCCCUCCAAUGURUACCUGCUUGAUGGCUCUGCCUGCCAGUACGGACUGGCCUACUGCUACAACGGCAUGUGCCUCACUCAUGAACAGCAGUGCCUGCAGCUCUGGGGCUACGGAGCUCGACCAGCUCACGACGCCUGCUUCGAAGACGUCAACGCAGCAGGAAACGCUUUUGGGAACUGUGGGAAAGAUGAACACAGCAACUACAAGAAGUGUGACAAAAGUGAUGCCAAAUGUGGUAAAAUCCAGUGCCAUAGUGCUGCCAAGAAGCCCAAAGGCACCAACGCUGUUUCCAUUGACACGACCAUCCGGACCGAUGGUAUCGAGGUAAAGUGCCGUGGGACUUACGUUUACAGCACUCAGGAUGGCCAGGGAGACCUGCCUGACCCGGGCCUCGUCAUGACAGGAACCAAAUGUGGAGAGGGAAAGGUGUGCAGAGACCGCAGAUGCCAAAGUGCCUCUUUUACUGAGCUGGAGACUUGCAUCGCAAACUGUCACGGCCACGGGGUGUGUAACAGCAAUGGGAACUGUCACUGUAAUCGAGGCUGGGCUCCACCUUUCUGUGAGAAGCCAGGACUUGGAGGCAGCGUGGACAGUGGACCUGUACAGUAUGACAGUCAAGUGGGUUUGGUGGUGGGGCUGCUGUUUGCCUUCCUGGUGGUCCUUCCUGCAGUGCUGCUGCUCUUCUAUUGCUACAGAGUCAAAAGCUCCUACUACCAUAAGUGGCUUUCAAAGAGAGAGAAGAAGAAAAGCAACAAGAUGAAGGUCUCAGUGGAGAAAGAGAAGAAUGGCCACCUGAAUCCUGCCUUUCACCUGAAGGUGGUUGGACCAAUCAACAAAGCCACUGGCCACAAGGGGCUCCCCCACACCAGCAAAGAAGUCCUGCCCCUCAAACCAGGCCCCGCGCCAAACAGCACCCAACCAGUCAACGUUGUUCGACCUCUGAGACCUGCCCCGUCUCCCCAGGGUGGUCCCCAGGAUGUCAAAGGGGUGCGACCACCUCUCCCAUCUGGAAGACCUCCAACAGCCCCACACAAGUCUCCCAAAACCCCACAAAGACUCAGUCCACCGAAGAAACCACUACCCCUUAAUCCAGCACGCCCUCCACUGUUCAUCUCUGAGCAGCAGUCAGCACCAUCCCCGUUCCCUCCCCAGAGGCCUCUCCCUCUCAGUCCAGCCAGAGCAGCUUCUGCCACAUCAAGUCCAAAAUCCAGUUCCAAACCCUCUGCAGGCCUGCUGGUCAUGAUGACACCAGGAGUGGGUCCAAAACCUGUGGGCAAAGUCUCAGCCAUACCCCCUCUCAGAGUCAUGAGACCCGUGUCAGGAUCCAAACCAAGCACAGCCUCAUUUCCACCAAGAAAAUGACCUUCUCCACACCACCCCCCAACCCCACCCACCCUGAGAGGAGGCAGCAGCUGGCAGUUUAUUUGCACUAAAGAGACGUUUUGCUGGUGAACCUCAGACAAGAAUAAACGGAAGAACAAACAGGACCUGCACCAGUUCAGACUUCUAAUAAAACCUUACUCUGCUGCUCCCUCAGUCUCCUCAUCCUUACACCCCCCCCCCACCCAAUCCCCCUUCUUUCUCAGCGCACUCAUGUUAGAAAUGACGAUGUGGUGUUGCACAGAGGCCUUGCAAACUGAGACAAGUGUCGUCGCUGGGGUACGUUAACUUUUGCCAAAUCGUUUUUUUAGGAUUACUGUCAAUUUCUUUUUUUAUGUUUAUGCUGUCAAUGUAUUAAAAAUGCAAUUUUUGUAAUUAUGUUUUGUUUACAAUUUGAUUCAUGCCAUGUUUUAUGAUUUGUGUUUUGUGUAGCAAUACAAAAUACAGCUUGGUACAUACUUGGUACUUACCAGGUGAUUAGCCGGUUUGUACCAGGUAAGUAUAUGAAACAAACUGGGUACUUACUGGGAGCAUAAAGAGUUUUUACCUGGUCCAUUUCUUAUACAUACCUGGUGUUUACCUAUACCAGAUACACACCUGGUAAUUACUGGGUACAUACUGUGUACUUACUGGAUAUAUUCUAGUUACGUACCAGGUACAUUCCAGGUACUGGGUACUUACUUACUUGAUACAUACCAGGUUUUUACCAGUUGCAUAUCUGAUACUUAGCUGGUAAAUACCCGGUACUUACCAGGUACUGAAAGUAUAAGGUAACAAAUUACUUCAUAAUCCAGAUUGAUCUCCAUGGGUACCUGGUACUGAUCUGUAUUGUGUACUACUACCAUGUUUUGUGCCAAAGAGCUCUUUUGUACCUGGGGUAUGAUCCAAAUUGCUUGAAAAUAAUAUUUUGCCAAGUUGACCACAAGUCAUCCUCCAUAUUUUUUUUAGUAUUUUAUUGUUUUUCUGAUAUGAGGAAUGUCUCCAGUACCAGGUGUUGGUACAGAUGUGUGUCAGAAGAAAAGAGCCAAUCACUCAGCUUCUUCUCAACACUGUUUACAUGGUGGAGGACUUGAUGGACAGCUGGCAGGACACGCUCCAGUUUCUCUGUGUUUUUAUGUCUUUUGCUGUGUUCUAAUUUUUGAUUGGUUAACAUAAAAUAUUUUUACAAAACUA